AUGACGGCACAUUCUCAACAAUCAGAACGUCAUGAGAAUCCAAGAAUGAGAAACAAUUUGAUUUGUGAACAAGAGUGUCAUCAACAAACAUCAUCCCAAUCAUCACAACAACAACAACCACCACUCUAUUGUUGUCAAAUCUUGUCGACUCUGCAAGAUUUCAAAUAUUCUUCGACCCAUGUUCGACCUUCAACGAUUCAUUUGAAAUUUUCCAACCGAAUGAUGACAUCUGACACUCAUGAAGGUCAUUGCUCUGGAGUAUCAAACCAUGCAUUACAGACCUCUCCUCAAAAGAUUCCCAUUCGACUUCCAUCUUCUCCUGCUUCGAAAAGAAUAAUUUCAUCUCAACAACUCAAUCUCGCCUUUCCAAUUCUCAAUCCAAAAAUUUCCACUUUACAAAAUGCAUUUCAACACGUUCCAAAUCCAACUCCAGUCACUCUCAGUUCCUCUCUCAUUCAAUCUUUGAAAUCCUUUUCAACUUCCAAUUCUUCAAAUUCUUUCAAUUCUUCAAAAUUGAAAAAUUUCAAAUUUCCAUCCUUACUUGCUCAACCAUCGACUAACCAUUCCUUCCAAAUUGGUUUUCAAUUAACUCAUCCAUUACCUUGGAAAGGUUCGAAUGGAGGAUUUUGUUGUGUCAUUUGCAGCAUGUUGGCACAAAAAAUUAUAUUUGGACCUCCACAAGAUUUUUCUCAACAUUGGAAGAGAAAAAAGGGACAUUUAGAGAAUGGAAUAAUUACCAAUGAAAUUUUGAAGAAAAUCAUUCAAAUGUAUGGAGAAGGAUUUUCCAACUUGUUGGGAGGAAGAAUGUGUGAUCGACAUGUGUCACAAAUUUGUGGAAAACAAGUCGAACUUGUGAAUUCCGUGUCAACCAUGCCAACUGUCAAUGAAUCAACCACCAUGCAUUCAUCCAUGAUCUCUUUGAAAAAGAGAGAAGACAACCACCACUCGAACAGUUUAGAAUCCAAUCGAAAAACUCGAAAAAUUACUCCAACAGAAGCUACAACAAAUUCCAACGAUGAACAAGAAGACAAUUUCGAUUUCGAUGCUUCUUCUCAAAGCAGUGAUUAUUCCUCCAUGGAUGAUGACGACGGUUCUUCAGAAGAUUUUGAAAAUCAUUCCAAUUCUGAAUCCUCACCAAAUAGAUUUCAAACAAGUCAAAGAAAAUCAAAUCCACUUUUAGAAAGUCCAAGAAUUUCCACUCGAAGACAACAAAAACAAGAAUUAUUAUGUAAUUACAAGAGAUUAAUUGAGAAAGAAAAGCUAACAGACGAGGAGGAGGAGGAGGAGGAACCAUUUCCAAACCAAACUCUGUCCAUUAAGGAAAAAGAAGAAGAAAAACAAACUGUGAAAAAAUCAUCUGAAAGUUCUUCGAAUGGUCAAACACAUCCAUUAUUGACAUUGACAACAACAACGAAUACUUCUCCAAGACCUAGAAGAAGAUUCUUUCGAAGAGGAACCGAUCAUGUUUCUUCGUCACGAAGUGUCACAACCAUUCAUCAACGAAGAGAUUUACCUCUCGAUCAAGAUGCCAUUUCCAUUGUCAUUGUGAAUUCCAAUGACCAUUCGGCAUCUUCCAUGAAUGUCAUGAAUACCAAUCAUGGACAUGCAUGUUGCGGAGAUGACUCGUCAAGUACAAGUAAUCAUUCGAUGGAUCAAUUGAAACCAAAUUCUCCUUCCAAAAAGUCCUCAACAACAAUAUCAAAUUCACAUCAUGAAAGAAUGUAUUUAGAUUUUUUAGAAUAUGACGAUCAAGAUGACGUUGAGUCAAAUUCUCAUGAAGGAGAUGAUCACACGACGUCAUUGGAAGAGCCCAUUCUCAAUCCUUCCGUGCAUGAUUUUCCUAAUCUUAAGGUUCUUGAUAAUACGCGCUCAAUGUCACAACAACCUCAGACGUUUGACACUAGUUGCAAAAACGAAGAUUCCUUCCACGUGUUGGUUUCAUUGAUGGAAGAAUUGGUAAAUCAGGAAGAUGAACAAGCACAUGGAUCAUGUGUGGUUCAACUUGGAGAGAAUCAUGAAACUUUGAACAGCGUACCACCACGAAGAAGAUUUAUUCGCAGAUUCGUCAAGUAA